UAUGAGUACGGACGCCAUAUUUUCAAGUUAGCGUCUCUGUUAUCGUUACCUGAUCCUCUGCUGGUGACCCAUCUCCAGCCUCGUGUAGUAUCUCUGGUCCUCCCACAGUCACCGCUGAGGUUACCAUUAGAGACUGGCCAGCGCCCGGCUGAGCACCUCCAACCGCUGUGGAUGUUGUCCCGGUGAAUACAGUACAGUAAGCUCUCCUUGACUUCAAGACACAGUCAAAGCUUUGACAGAAACUUUAAUCGUCAGCUGUUGGGAUGUCUGUGAGGCUGGCAAUGGUUAACACAUAAGGUCGCAGUGAGUGGCACUGCCAUGUUGCCAGGAGUCGGUGUAUUUGGCACGGGCAGCACAGCCCGGGUGCUGGUCCCGUUGUUGCAGGCUGAAGGCUUUGAGGUUCAUGCACUCUGGGGGCGAAGCGAAGAGGAGGCUUGCUGCUUGGCGAAGGAGCUUGGCAUCCCAUUUCACACCAGCCGAUCUGAUGACGUCCUGCUGCACCAAGAUGUUGACCUUGUUUGCAUCUAUAUUCCACCCUCAAUGACAAGGCAGAUUGCUGUCAAAGCACUGGGUAUAGGUAAGAAUGUCGUUUGUGAGAAAGCUGCAACUGCUGUGGAUUCAUUCAAGAUGGUGACUGCAGCCAGGUACUACCCACAGCUGCUCAGCAUCAUGGGUAAUACCCUGCGCUUCCUGCCAGCUUUUAUGGCAAUGCGCCAGCUGCUUGUGGAUGGAUAUGUUGGCGAAAUGCAGGUGUGUGAUGUCCGAGUCUACGGCCCCAGCCUCCUGGAUCAGUCGUACGGGUGGACAUGUGAGGAGCUGAUGGGAGGAGGCGGUCUGCACACUGUCGGCUCCUCCAUCAUUGACCUUUUAAGCUACCUAACUGGUGCGCGAGCCCAUCGUGUUCACGGGUUACUGCGGACCUUUGUGCAACAAAAUGGUUUGAUCCGUGGCAUCCGCCGCGUCACCAGCGAUGAUUUUUGCUUCUUCCAAAUGUUGAUGGGUGGAACUGGGUCUAGCUCUGGAGGUGUUUGCUGCACUGUGACCCUGAACUUCAACAUGCCAGGGUCGUUUGUGCACGAGGUUAUGGUAGUUGGAUCCACUGGGAGACUGGUUGCCAGGGGAACAGAGCUGUACGGUCAACGCAAUGGGAGUAAAGGUGAGGAGUUGUUGAUAGGCGACAGUGGGUGGGUGGGACCAGAGGUGAAAGACAUGCCUCUGCCUCACCUGCAGGGGCUGGGAUCCAUGGUCAAGGCACUGAGACAGUCUUUUCAGGCUCACCAGGAGCGCAGGUCAUGGGAGCGAGGACCAGUUGCCAUGGCGCCAACAUUUGAGGAUGGUCUGUAUGUGCAGACGGUGGUAGAGGCGGUGAAACGGUCCAGUUGUAGUGGAGAAUGGGAGUGUGUUGAGAUCAUGAGUCAGGAGCCUGAUCCGAAUCACAACCUGUGUGAGGCUCUGCAGAGAAACAAAAACUGAAUAUAUUUAUACACCCAGUGCAACUACUACAUGUGUCUGACAAAACUGGGCUCUGAAUGUGUUUCCUUAAACUCAGCUGCCUAGGCAGUUUACAUUACCCAUGACUACUUUUGAGCAGAAUAUUUUGCUUUAGAAACAUAACUGUGCUGUGGGUGUUUGUACCUUCACGGCUAUGAUUUGUGUGUACACUAAUUUUUUUUUAUUCACAGCUCCAUUAUUCUGAUUCUCAACAGAGAAAAAUAAUAGCUGUCAAAAUCUAACAGUACCCAGUUUACAUGUUUAUUACCUGUACCAUGCUGGAAAAGUAGAUAGUGUCUUUGCUGUCACUGAAGCUGCAAGUCAUGACUCCAAAUUUCCUGCUAAAUAAGGUUGAUAAAUAGUACGUCACCUGUCAGCCAUGCACCACACCCAUGUCAAAUACUGGCCAAGAGCAAAAUUUCAUGGGAAUUGAGCCUCUUGAGGAAACUACAUUUGUAUUCUUAUAGUUGUCAGUUUUCUGAUUUGGAGAUUAUAAUUCACAACUGAAUGCUUGACGGGGCAUCAGCACUAUCAAAACAAAGUUAAAUUGCUCCACAAGCAUUUGAUUUCUUUCUUCUAACAACCCAGCUCUGGGUCAUGACAUGUUAAGUCUUUUUGUUGAGAACCAUAAGAUUUUUGCACUGUAUCAGUUAUUGCUGGCUUAACAGUUGGGUUUCACUCAAUAUGUCCAAGCUAGGAAUUUAGUAAUUUGGCUCAAAUUAAAAGCCAAAUGCAAGCGUGCAGUCCAACCAGGAAAACAUUUUAAUCCCUAUUGUACAACAACAUUUAGAUGUUUUUUGGUGGUAAUUUAUUUGCAACACAAAAGGCACCUUAUUCUGAAAGGAAGUGUUUAUGUCAGACAGGAAUGUAAAUUUCAAAGCAUGAGGAUGAUUUGACUUUCAAAACAUUGUGUGCAGUCUGGCAGAAUUCAAAUGAUGCUCCAUUGGAGCUCAGCCUCUGUGAAAUGAAGAAUAAGAAUAAUGGAGCUGUGCAGAGUUUAGUUUUAUUUUUUUAAAUGCUUGGAAUGUGUAAUAGUAAGCAUACAUUUAAGAGGGCUUGUAGGUUUUUAUGUAAUGACAGGGCAUACGCAAGACACCAGGGAAUGAGUUAAAUAAGCUAUGUAGAAAACUGAAAAAUGAAAAUUUUAAUUUGUAGCACCAACCCUUAAAAUGCUCGAUACCUAAAGUGAUAUUUGGUCUUAAAUCUUUGUUUUGAGUGUCACUCACUCUGUAGGACAUUUCUCUCUUCAGGCAGAGCAGCUAUGGUGAGCUGGAGUUCAUAGUGAGCUUAAAAAGUAUCUAAACUUCAAACUACUCCUGUGUCAUCCAUAUGUUCAUCAGUCAUCAUUACACCAAAAUUGACGACUUCCUGAUAUAUACACUACUUUAAAAAGCUUCAGUGAGGCUGAUGGUGCAACACAGAUGCUGUGUUAUAGUAAUGUUCUGGGUGAUUGUUGGCUGGAACAAAGAACAUAUGGAAGGACAGAAGUGAAGUGGAUUAUAUGUUAGGUACCUGUUUUCCUCUCUGAAGCUCGCCGAUGGUAAUUUAUUGAACUGCAGUAACUGACUGUGAAGAAGGAAAUUGCCACCUUUGACAGAUACCUGUCAAUUUUACACAGGAAGAGUAUUUGAUGCUCAGCUUACAGAUUUCAGAUGAAGUACCACGUAAAAUCUUACAUUAGCAAAAUCAGGCUUCUUCUCGAAAUUACAGAUUAGGGACUUUUUUUAUUGUUAAACUGUCAAAAGUUUUCGAUACAGAUCCUGAGGGCAUUUGACAUUUAAAUUAGUUUAAAAUGUGUUUGUUUACAUGUGUUAAUGAUUGAAGUAAUUUUAAAUGUUUUACAAGAUUUUUUUUCAUGCAAUCCAUGCAUUCAAAGUUGUUUCAGAUGUUUGAAUCCACACCAUUACCCUGAAACCUCACUGAUCAUUGAGUAGAACCACUGGAUCUGACGUGCAUUAGAGUAGAAAUGUGUGCCUCUUUAACUAGACAGAACUAACUAGAACAAGAGAAAGAAGUGUUAAAUGGUUGCGGUUGUCACUCACUGCAUCUCGCUGUACUGCUGAAUAUCCUGAAUUAUAUUGGGCUGCAGCACUGCUGCUGAGACAGAAACAGUGUGCUGGUAUGAUUUGAUUGGUCUGUUCCCCUCUUAGACCCACGCAGGAUCUGCAAAUAAGGAUACAUACACGUUACACGCUUACCUCACGCUUAUCCCAACAGUGCUUUACAAAAACAAAUAAGUUUACAUAAGUGUCUUUACAAAUGCAUCACAUUUGUCUGCAGGAUGUUCUCUAACCCACCACUACUAAAAUACAUUCCAGCUAAGUUUUCACCUUUUUGCUAACUUCUGUUUUGUUUUUUGCACUGAUUACUGAUAAAAUGCCACAUAUUUAAUAUGUAGUGGGAUGCUUGUACCAGCCGGCUCACUGCGAAAAUGAAUUUAACAUAUGUCUGUAUAAGGAAUACUUUUUGUAUUUAUUUAUAUCUUGGUGUGGAGGAAGAUUCCCAUUGUUUAAUCUGUUCAGUGUUUGUGUUUUCAGCCUGUGAAAUUUCUGUUGUAAUAUUUAUCGUUUAGAUUUAGUGUCGUUUUAAUUGCUAAUAUGGCUUUUUGAACACAAUGUGUUGCAUCUAAGUUGGGAAACUGUACUGUCCGUCUGCCUGACAGAUGUUUCGAAAAUAAAUACAGUUGU